CUUUUCUCGUUCGUUCGUUCGUUCUUUCGGACCUUAAUCGAUGCGCACGCGAACCAAGUGAGAGAAGAUCAUCGUGUAGCUUCGCCUAUUCCUUCAUCAGCUCGCAUACAAGCGCCAUGUGUCUGAACGAAAUUUCGCCAUUCUGCUGACAGUGCGCCAUUUGUUUUCUCAAACUUGGCUGAUAAUUUUUGAAUCGUUUUACGGUGUGUGGUGAAAUAUUUAUAACGAAGGGAUAUAUCUCUCUGUCGGAUAUUUACUUUACACGAUUUUUCGAUCCAGAAUAAGCCCCACUACAAUGUCAUCGGAAUAUUCAUUCUGCAGCGAGGGAGGCUUUGACGAGCUUUCAAGCUCAUCUGACUCCGGCUUUGACGUGAGCUUCGAAUCCCCGAAACACGAGUCACCCACCGACGCUCUUUUCCCCACCGUCAAGGAAGAGAAACGGAAAAAAUCGCGUGGCACGCGAUGCAAGAGUCCGACUCAGGUCCUUCGGCUGAAACGUAACCGUCGCAUAAAAGCGAACGAUCGAGAACGACACCGAAUGCACACCCUGAACGACGCUCUGGAACGUCUUCGUCUGGCGCUCCCCACUUUCCCCGAGGAUACCAAGCUGACGAAAAUCGAGACGCUCCGUUUCGCCCACAACUACAUAUGGGCCUUGUCGCAGACCCUGGGAAACUCUGAGGCUGGUGAGAUAACCCUGAACGUGGGAAACGUGACAGUUAGCAUCGGCGAGAACGGAAACAUGAUCACAUCUUCAACCGGAAGCUGCGCCGUCGCGGCUCAAAAACGUCUGGGCCCCGCUCAUUCGGCGUUCCCAUAUCCGCAGGAGAGAUUCAUGCCCGAAUGGCAGGAGUACGAUUGCUACAGCGACCAAAGCAUCAGUCCACCGGUCCAGUAUCAGCCCUGCUACGAACAGCGGGUCUACGGACAUCAUUCGCCCCACGUUUUGCCAGCGACCCAUCACCACGCCAUGGGACACCAUACCAACAUGUAUCAGUGUUUGUAAAACGAUUGCAAGAUGCGGUAGCGCGAUUUGUGAUGUGUUGAUCAGAAUCUCGUUGGCGGUCCAUGAAACCGAGAACCGUUAAGAAGAGCGUUGAUGUCCGCCAUUUUGUGGCUAAAAGUUCGCGAGCAGUAAAUUUGAGUUAAGCUUUUUUUGUGAGAUUCUCGAGCUUGCGGGAAAGAGAAUAUUAUAUAAUUAUGUGUAAAGAGAGAAAAUAACGUGAUAUCUUGAGUAAGUUAUGGGUUCGGAGCUUUCCGCAAUUUUCAAUACAAUAUCAUUUGGAACCGGGAACAAUAUAUGCGGUUGUCGCCUUUAUUGGGCUAAUACGAUUGUAAAAAAAAACAAAAAAAAAAAAACGAAACGAAACGAAAGAAAGUAAUAUUGCUAAAGAUUAUCGUUAUCUAUUUUAUAAGAGAAUGUUAUAUUUUAAUAACCUAAUUAGUGCGAAUGCAAUGUGUGUCUAGAUCUAUUUUGAGUUACCGUUCUAUUUCCAGUCUGUAAGAGAAGCCGAAAAUUUCUCCACCUCGUAUUUCUGUAGAAUUCAUCCAACGAAUUGUAUUCGUAAUUUGAAAAUAUCACCAAACGACAAGCACACAAUGUUUUUUAGCUGUUACUACGUACUAAUUAAGUUCCUCUCGGAUCUAGUCAUUAUAUUUUUAGUUGAUCUCACGUAACGCGGAUUUACGCUCGAUCUCAUUUUUGUUUUACACUUCAAGGAAUUUUAUGAUAACAAUAAUAAUAGUAAUCAUAGUUAUGAUAAAUAAUAUGCCUCAA